UUCUCUCUGGGCGCAUUACAGAGCAAGAUGGCGCUCGUGCUGUCAGCACCUCGGACAGCUCCGGCACCGAACUCAACCAUCGAUCUGAUCUGAUUGAUCGGCGGAGGAGUCACGUGUCUGAUCUCGAUCAGUCGGAGCUUUCAGAUGAUGUGACUGCGUCCAGGUGUCGCGUGAAGCUGUGCGCCAGAAAGGGGACUAAAAUCUGGAUCAAGUUGACUGCUGACAGACAGGACCGUGUCCUCCUUCUCCUCCUGCUCCUCCUGCUCCUCUGCAGAGACAGUCUUCACUGAGGAGUUGAGGAGGGAAAUAAAAAGAGGAGAAGCGGCCUGCGUGUGUGCGCGGGAUGGAGGGGCGCGUGCAGAGCCCAGCAGGAGCCGGUUCGGGAAGGAGGAUCAGUGCUGCCUAGUGUGUCUCCCUCUGAGCUCCGCUUCACUCCGUGUCUCUCCGCCGCUCCGCUGAUGAAGAUGUUGGCGCUGCUGCUGACGGUGUCCUCGGUGCUCUGGAGCCGCGGCUCCGCGCUCAGCUCUCACUUCAGCUCAGAUGGCGCCCCGCUGAGCGAGCUGUCCUGGUCGUCGUCUCUGGCUGUGGUGGCCGUCUCCCUGUCGGGCCUCUUUACUGUCGUCUUCCUCAUGCUGGCCUGCAUCUGCUGCAAGAAACACAGAACCGGCUUCAAGGAAUUCAAGAAUGUGGACGGGGAGGAGUACCACGCAGAUAUGUCCACGUUGGCCUCGCCAGCCUCCCAGGGCAGCCCGGACGUCUACAUCCUGCCGCUCACCGAGGUGUCCCUGCCGGUCGCAAAGCAACCUGCUCGAUCAGUCCAGCUCCUGAAGUCGGCAGACGUCGGCCGUCACAGUCUUCUGUACCUGAAGGAGAUCGGGAAUGGCUGGUUCGGGAAGGUUCUGCUCGGGGAGGUGAACGCAGGUCUCAGCACCACCCAGGUGGUGGUGAAGGAGCUGAAAGCCAGCAGCAGCGUGCAGGACCAGAUGCACUUCCUGGAGGAAGCUCGGCCUUUCCGAGCCCUGCAGCACCCGGCCCUCCUGCAGUGUUUGGCUCAGUGUACUGAGGUCACUCCGUACCUGCUGGUGAUGGAGUUCUGUCCUCUGGGCGAUGUGAAGGGUUACCUCCGGAGCUGCAGGACUGCAGAGACCAUGACCCCAGAGCCCCUGAUCCUCCAGAGGAUGGCCUGUGACAUCGCCGCAGGACUCCUGCACAUGCACAAACACAACUUCACACACAGUGACCUGGCUCUGAGGAACUGCCUUCUGACGGCUGACGUCUCAGUGAAGAUCGGAGAUUAUGGUCUGGCUCAGAGCAAAUACAAGGACGAUUACUUUGUGACAUCAGAUCAGGUGUACGUGCCGCUGCGUUGGAUUGCUCCAGAGCUGGUGGACGAGGUGCACGGAAACCUGCUGGUGGCGGACCAGACCCAACACAGCAACAUGUGGUCUCUGGGCGUGACGAUCUGGGAGCUGUUUGAGUUGGGGAACCAGCCGUACAGACACUACUCAGACAGACAGGUCCUGACCUACGCUGUGAGGGAGCAGCAGCUGCGACUGCCCAAACCGCUGCUCAAAGUACCGCUGGCUGAACGCUGGUAUGAGGUGAUGCAGUUCUGUUGGCUCCAGCCUGAUCAGAGACCCAAUGCAGAGGAAGUCCACCUGCUGCUCAGCUACCUGUGUGCGAAGGGGGCCAGUGAGGCCGAAGAGGACUUUGAGAGGCGAUGGAACUCCCUGCGUCCCAACACCGGAUUCAACAGCCAUCGCGGUGCCUCGGUAUUGUCACGAGACCACCCCUCAUCAACCUCCUCCUCGUUCCCUCUCCUCGAGCAGUUUUCAUCUGGUGACGGCUACCACUCAGAGUCCGGGGACGAUAUCCUGACAGUCACUGAGACCAGCCACGGCCUCAACUUUGAGUACAAGUGGGAGCAAGCCAGGGCGGAGCAGUCGUAUCGAGCCCCAGACUCGUCCAGCACCCUGGGUCAGGUCAGCCAUCACUGUCAGGAAGCAUUUUACCCACCAGGGGGCAUCGUGGGAGGCUGCCCCAUGGAGAGCCUCAGCCACGGAUUGUCCCCUUCAUACUACCAAUCAAAACAUCUCCAUGCUCCAGGCAUACUUCCUGUCCUCAGCGCCCACAGCCCCUCAGUAAGCAGUGAAUACUACAUCCGCAUCGAAGAGCCAGUAGACUGUAACAUGGACCCGGACUACACCAUGUGCUCCUACAGCCCAGACUACCAGGGCAGCAGUGGGAGCUUUCUGACUGGGAGUGCCGACUCAGGCGAGUGCAUGGCCUGCCCGUCACAGGCUAAGAACAUGGGUCCCUAUUGGUCAGCAGACAUCCAUAAGUCCGACAUGUACGACUCAAAUGAGUCCAGUCCUGCGAUCUCCCUGACGAUGGAGCCCCUCUUAGGGCAGGUGUUGGACAGCAGCCCACUGCGACCCUGGGAGUCCAGUCACUACGUGUCCUAUAAAGACAGAGAUGGCGGUUACUACUACGAGCACUCGCCACCGUUGGGAAUCGAUCACUAUCUGAUUGGAGCUGAGACUGCCAGUGAGCGCCAUCAGGAAAGCUGGGGGUCAAGGAGUCUGCGUCAGGCCUUGGGCGAGUUGGAGAACCCACUGGGUAUUUCCCCAGCUGUGAACAGUGCACCUCAACAGGCCUACAGAGACACGUACCUGGACACAAGUCAGACUUCCAUCAUCGGAAAGAACGUGACAGGGGGCUACUAAGACAUGAUGGGCUCCCUGAGGAAGACGAUGCCCAACCACACCAGGCACCACAGCCACUCUGUCAGUAUCAACAUGGAGACACAGGGGGCGCUCUUCAUCGGGCACAGAGACAGCGACACAGAGGAGGAAGAGGAAGAGGACAUAUUUGUUGAGAGACACACCUGCAACACUUGGCCUUCAAAACACCGCCACAGCAGCGUGGGUCACCACAGACGCGCCAGCCACAGCUGCAGACAGGACGCAUACGUGGAUUUCCACUACACAAUGCCGAGUACAGACAUCGAGGAUUCGUGGCCGGAGGAGCACAGCCUGGCCUUCCACACUCUACCCAAACCCAUCGACUAUCUUGAACCCCACCAGGCCAAAGAUAACAGUGUCUGCCUCAGUCUGAGUAAACACCAUGCCAUGGUGCCCUCAGACAGCUGCAACGCUUACAUCUACAUGUGCCAAGAGGGCGAGACUCAGGUGCCGGCGCCUGGAGAGUGCUGCCACUCGCACUUUGUUGACCCACUCACAGGCUUGCUGGUCAGAAACAACAGCUACAGUCACAGCUACAGUCACAGCAGCUACAUCAGCGAUAAGGCCAUUGACAUCCCGAGCAAUGAUGAGAUGAUCAACCUAUCACCGGCUCCGGGGGGCCCCAUUGUGGCCAAAACGGCCCUGAUAAAGACUGAGGAGAGCAGAGAGCAGUAUGUUGAUCUAAUAACUGAUGAUUCACUCUUCAAAGACAAGAGGGACGAUGUAAUCAAAGAAAAACCAAUCAAACCCACAGACCCUAAAACAGAGGAAGUGACCCUGACCACAGCCGCAACCACUCCACCUCCUGCCGAUAACACGCACGUGAUGGUGGCCCUCACAGAUCAGCAGUCGGAGCUGAGUCACACAGGCGACAGCGGGGUUGACCGAGGAGGCUCCAACGUGAGCCUCGCCGACAUCCUUGACUGCAGCGACGAGGACGAGGAUGAUGACAUCACGGACGAUAUCACUGACGUUACCUCAGGCAUCUUUGCGGACGAGUCCAGCGAGCUGAACGCGUCUCCGGCCUUCAAGUCUCUACAGAAGCAGGUAGGAACUCCUGAUUCCAUGGACUCCAUGGAUCUGCCAUCUGCAGCCGGGUCCUGUGAAGGCUUCAGUCCUGCAUCCUCCCACCCGUCCAGCUCACCUAAAGCUAUGGACAGUGGCUACGACACAGAAAAUAAUGAGAGCCCUGAGUUUGUACCCAAAGAGCCUCAUGAACCCCGGGAACAACCUCUGGGGAAGUCCGCCCUCGACACAAGCCUGGAGGAGGACAAGAAGCUGGAGGAGCCUGGAGGUGAAGUGGUGACCACAGAGGAUGAACCCUCACAGACAGAAGACCACAUCCUUCUACCACUGAGCGAUAAGACUCCGUACAGAGACUCUGCCUACUUCUCAGACUAUGAGAAUGAAAGGCAGAGUAGGGACGAAGAUGAUGUUGAGAAGAAGGGUGAGAAGAGGAAGAACGAGGAGGAGGAGGAGGAGGAGGAGGAGGAACUAAAUGACUCUGUGGUGAGCAAAGACAUAAAACUUGAUAUGAAACACAUAUCAGCAGAAGCAGAAUCCUCUUCUCUACCAGACACAGAAGAGUGUGACCAGGACGAUGUGCUGGGACUUCCUCUGGAGUCCUCCGACACUGCUUCGUUAACAGAGGGGGGGCUGGACGAAUGGCCGUCACAGGAAGAGAGCUCGUCGUUAGGAGACUGGGCAGCAGAGGUGGUGGGAGCCAUGGAAGAAGCCCUCGGUGCCCUGAAUGGAGACUGUACCUCUAAUGUCGAGGUAGAGGAGGAGGAAGCAGAAGGUCAAGAUUCAUCAGAAACAACAGAAGAGUCAGAAAUCAAGACGGCUCCAAACCGGCCAUCGGGGAUAUCUGGUGAACUCACACACUCUUUACCCAAAGACGAGGUGGCCUUACAGCAAACAGCAAACACCAGGAGGUUUUCUUCUUCCUCUCCGCCACCUCCAUCCACCCCUCCCCCUCCGCUCCCUGCAGCAGAGGGCCGAGGGUCACCAGCUGAUGGGGAAGAGGCGGACGAGGAGGACGGCGACACCGAAGACAGCGACGAGUCGGAUGAAGAGCUGCGGACCUACAGCGUGCAGGAACAGAGCGGAGGGGAGGACAGCGAGGACGAGUGCCACCCGGUGCCCAUCGUGGUGAGUGACGACAGCGAAGCUCACAAACUUCGCAGCCUCCUGAAGAUGCCGACGCUGCUGACAGUGGAGACCCUGGAGGAGGAGCUGGAUCGCAAGAAGAAGACGGUGUCUUUUUUCGAUGAUGUCACCGUUUAUCUGUUUGAUCAGGAAAGCCCGACCAAGGAGCUGGCUGAGCACGGCUUCAGUUUAGGAGCUGAGGGUCAAAGUUCACGGAACAAAUCCCAGGAAAGACUCAACGCGUCAGAUGACUCUUCAGAUGGGAACAUCUCAGAGGAGAGUGCAGGGUACGAGUGGGAAGACGACUUCCCUCUGCUCCCUCUGCCAACGUCCUCAGUGGCGUCUGACUCCCCUCCACCCCCCCGCUCCGUCCCCAAAGCUCCGGACCCCAAACCAGCUGUCCGGUUCUCCCGCUUCACUGUCUCCCCCUCCAACGUGUCCCGUUUCUCCAUCACCCACAUCUCUGACUCUGACAUGGACUCUGCAGGAGGAAGCAGUGAGGACGGGGACAAAGAGUAACCAGCUGUGGAGAUUUACUGCCUCUGUGACAACUCUUUGGCCUGCUAGCAUGACUUCUAAUUUAUUUUUUACCGUCAGGUUUUAGAAACACAAGACAGUGCCUCUUACCGCCUGUGGACACUUUUGAAAGGUCCGUCUUACCGAGAAGAGAAUGGUUAAUAUAUAACAUUUACAGAAUAUUAAUAUAUACUGUAUGUAUGAUGUAAAGAAUCUUUGGACGCAGGGGAAGCUUGUAUUGUGCAUAUUUUUGGGAUCAAAGAGACACAAAGGAAGGACAGCGUCACAUUUGCCACCUCGUUCACUUGUUCAUUUGUGAUGGGAAGCACCGAUGAGAGCGUGGAAACACCUGGACUCACAGACACACGACAGACGGACGCUGAGUUCUGGCAUUUCAACAAAAGGAUCAGCACUUUGAACGAGACUGUACAGCUCCACAGACUUUGUACUUUUUAGGAAACUGCUUUACUUGUCUUAAAUAUUGAGGAGAAUCCCUGAGGUAUCAUGAGUAAUAUAACAUUAAUAUUUGGUUCGUUAGGAGACGAAGGACGUGCUGGUGUGACAGGAGGGAAUUUUAAUGUAUGGUUACAGGAUGGCUUUUGUGGAAGCAGCUGAUUGAACCUGGACAAUGUGAUAUUUUGUGACUCUAUUUAUUUUUCUUGUUUUUGUACCAGGACCACUACUGUACUGUUUUACAUGAAUCUGUGGCUCAUUCUCUCGACCAAACUGAGCGCCAGCACCGCCAUCACAGCUGACCCCUCUUCGCUGUAAACACCAGGCACAACGUUGUCGCCGUAGUGACAGGAGGUGACGGAAGUUAUUUAACUCUUAUUAAAGGUUUAACAGUUUUUCAGAUAUAGCAAUGCAUGGUUUCAAGUAUCUAGAAAACAGUAUCUAUAAGAAUUUAUAGCUCGGAGACAGAAGGGGACAGCUUUUGGUUUUGGAGCAGAGACAGACACACAUGGUCACAGAAAUCACGUUUCCUCUUUCUGCCAGAACAAAUUGGCAUCAAGACAGGACGCUGAUGAUUUGGACGCUACAUAAAGACACCAGUUCUCCAUAAAGACACGGACCAAUAGGGCUGGGCCAUAUGGACGAAAUCUUCUCCACAGUAUAUGCCAUAUUAUACUGUGAUAAUGGCAUAUGUUUUCAUAAAGUACUUUAUUUGAACCUCACGUUUGAAAUUGUUAAAGGUCCAGUGUGUGGGACUUAUUGGCAGAGAUGGAAUAUAAUCUUAUCAGUGUAUUUUCUUUAGUCUCAGUGGUUUCAGCGUUAGAUACCUGACACCAAAAGCCAUCCUUUGCAGUGGUAUUAUACGCCACCAGAUGGCAUCAGUUUGUAACGCAGCAAAUCAUAACAUUUUCUGUGUUAUGACAUGCCGCUGGUCAGCUGGACGGCACCUGUUAAAGAAGUAUGAUACGCAGACAGGCGGCAUCAGUUCAUAACGCUGCUGGAUGGCACCUAUCAUGGAGGUAUGAUACCCUGCAGGACGGCCUCAGGUCGAAAUGCUACCAGUAACGAGGUAAUCUAAGGAGCUGGAAAGUCCCUACAGGGUGGAUGGGAGGAGUGGUGGAUCAGAGGCCUGCACGGGUCCAUUUUUGAAAACUGGCACCUACCCUAGCCUCGCGUCACCUGGCUCUUCACGUAAGGCAAAGAGCCUGGUUUCUAUUCACUCUGAAUUUUGUCUGGAUUCUGGUUCUGGUCUAGAGAGCGGAUGCGGAAUUCACCAAAUUCACCAAAGUAAAACUUUAAGUUCUGGCGCACCAUCGA